UGACCGUGUACGCUGUGACAGGUGACUGUGGAAGACGGUGAAAAAAACAAACUGAUCACAGCGUAUCCGCCAUCUUCCUCCUGCUGUCGGCCUCGGAGUGUGGAGUGGAAGUAAUACGGAGACUAGGCGAGGGGGAGGCGGGCAGGUCGGCUGUACGCUGUGAGCCGGUCCGGGAUCGUUCACACGGCGCUUCCUCCCGCGGAGCGAACAGACGGUACGCGGAUGCGGUUUGAGGUUUUCCUCCUCUGAGCUAAGCUAAAGGGUAGCCGGGCCAGCUAGCAUCCGUGUAACAGAGCAGUGAUCAUCAGAGGCGGGCUGAGGCUACACCUCCGCCCGGCUCUCUGCGGGGAGGUGAGUGUGAUCCAGGGUCACAGCACGGCUGAGGCUUCGCGGAGAAUGGUACAGUGGUCCAAGGUGAACUGUGCUUCAUGGCCGGAGGUUCGCUGAUGGAGUUAAUCCAGAUCAAUCUUCUGAUUGAUAACCUGUCAGUUCGUCGAUAAACCGAUUUCUGCAGCAUAAACCUUUACAGCACCGCUUCGACCCGGCGAGCAGCCUGUACUGGUCCUCAGGUCCGGAUCUCCUGACAGCGCACCAUGUCUCAGGGCCUGCCCGGCUCCUGGGCCCCUCUUCCCGGGUGCUCUCACGGGGCGUCUCGGUGAACGGGCCGCAACCGCUGCUUGGACCGGGACAUGGUUCCGGUGCCCAGAGUCCUGUUGUCAGUCAGAGGGAGCGUAAUCCCGGAUUAGGAUUGUAACUAGGAUUUAUCUGAGCAGCACCAUGGGAUCCGCCACCAGGCUGGCCUUCAGCGUCCUCCUAAUCAUCUGCUCCUCAGGUGCAAUCCUGGGCCACAUUCAGACUCAGACCUGUGUGCUGUACAGCUCCAGCUCCUACUCCUCCUCAGUGGAGGGCCGAGGGAACAUCAGCGGCGUGGAGAUCUGCUCCGGGCAGAAGGAUAAAAGGCAGCACUGCUUCGCCACCUGGAGGAACACCUCCGGUCAGGUGACCGUGGUCAAACAGGGCUGCUGGCUUGACGACCCUAGCUGCUAUGACAGGAGGGAGUGUGUUGAGAGGAAGGAGUCCCCUGACGUCUUCUUCUGCUGCUGUGAGGGAAGUCUGUGCAACCAGAAGUUUUUCUACCUGCCCAACAGCAACCACACGCCACCACUGCCCCCGACAAACAUCCCACUCACGCUGCGACCCCCGGUGGUCACUGCACUGAUGUACUCGCUGCUCCCCAUCAUGGCCGUCGCCACCAUCAUCCUGCUGUCAUUUUGGAUGUACCGACACCACAAACUGGCCUACCCACCUGUGCUGGUGCCCACACAGGAGACCGGCCCCCUGCCCCCCUCCCCUGUCCUGGAACAGAAGCCGCUGCAAUUGCUGGAGCUGAAAGCCAGGGGGCGCUUUGGCUGCGUGUGGAAGGCUCAGCUGCUCAGCGAACUCGUCGCUGUCAAGAUCUUCCCUGUCCAGGAGCGUCAGUCUUGGCAGAACGAGUUUGAGAUCUUCAGCCUGAGCGGGAUGAGACACGAGAACCUGCUGCAGUUCCUCGGCGCUGAGAAGAGAGGCAGCGAGCUGGAAACGGAGCUGUGGCUCGUCACCGCCUACCAUCACAAGGGUUCUCUGACUGACCACCUUAAAGCCAACGUUCUCUCCUGGUCUGAACUCUGUCGGAUUGCUCAGUCAAUGUCACGAGGCCUGGCCUACCUGCACGAAGACAUAUCUGCAUAUAAACCCGCCAUCGCACACAGGGACUUCAAGAGUAAGAACGUCCUGCUGAAGUCCGACCUGACUGCCUGCAUCGCCGACUUUGGCCUCGCUCUCAGGUUUGAGGCGGGAAAGUCUCCAGGUGACGCUCACGGGCAGGUGGGGACCAGGAGGUACAUGGCCCCAGAGGUCCUGGAGGGUGCCAUCAACUUCCAGAGAGACGCCUUCCUGAGGAUCGACAUGUACGCUGUGGGGCUGGUGCUGUGGGAGCUCGCAUCACGCUGCAAGGCUGCUGACGGUCCAGUAGAUGAGUACCUGCUGCCCUUUGAGGAGGAGGCGGGUCAGCAUCCGUCUCUGGAGGACAUGCAGGAGGUGGUCGUCUACAAGAAGCUCAGGCCCACAAUCAGAGACUGCUGGCAGAAGCACGCCGGUCUGGCUCUCCUCUGUGAGACGAUGGAGGAGUGCUGGGAUCAUGAGGCGGAGGCGCGGCUGUCGGCGGGCUGCGUGGAGGAGCGCGUCGUGCAGAUGCAGCAACAGUCGAGCGUCGCGGCCCACGAGGAGAUUGUCACCAUGGUGACCAAUGUGGACUACCCGCCCAAAGAGUCAAGCUUAUGACCAGGGCCAAUCAGAGCAGGGCGGGGACUCCAAACUAAAAGACUUCAUGUAGGAUGGAGAGGACAGAUGUCAGAAUAAAAGAACAAAGCCUGUGACUGUGCUGCAGGUGUACAGGCUUGUGCAGGUGAGCACAGCUGAUUAGUCCAUCAGCUGGAAGUCUGAUCAGGAACAGAGACAAACUUUAUUUCUUUUUUCACCUCCUGGAGCUGACAAUCACGUCCGCCAUGAACCUUUUCACCUCCCAUGACCGAGUCUCUCAGUCCUCGCCGCCAUGAAGUCGGUCUGACCUGCAGGUGGUCUUGGGGUCAAACUCAGUUCUAGUAAAGCUGCUACAUGUGGCCUCAUUGAGUCAGAGUCACGUGAGGACAUCAGGAAGCAAUCAUGUGAUCAGAUGUAUUGAUUAUCUGAGAAUAAAAACAUCAUCAAUUGGUUUUACAGGAA